AUGGCCACCCGCGAUCCUGUUAUAGUCAAUGUUGAUAAAACUCAAGCCUUUACUCAUGCACAUCACAUUCUCUCUCAGCCAAUUUUCCCUACAAAAAAAGAGGAGGUGCUGUCAAAUGAUAUUCCAGUUAAUCGCCGUGUUCCAAACAUUGCACAGAGCUGGACUGAGGGAAGCAAAAUCGUUUUGCCAUCUCUUUCAGAAUAUUCCACGUGUGUUGUCGCCGAUUCCUACGCAAGAAAGACCCAAGAGAGGGAGACGGAUCAAGGAGAUGAAAGGGACAAAUGUGCAGGCUUAAAUUCUGCCCAGAGGAUGGAUCAGACACCUCCAUUUGAUGUACAAUUGACUCCACCGCGACAUUACUUGCCAGUUGGGGGAAUCGACAUUUACACUACUCAAGGUCCGAAUCUAAUGCGAGAAAUGAAGGAUCGAUUUAGGAAGAAAUACAGCGCCUCAUACGUGGAGCUGGAGCCCAAGCAUCAGCCACAACCUCUAUUGCAAAGUGACCGGUCUGCCUUCCCGACGAUUGAAAAAAGCCCCAAUGCAGUUCAGGACCUCUCACCCGUCCCCACUAAUUUCAGCAACGAUCUCAGUCAUAUUCUGCCAAGCGUCCUGAAGGAGAGACCGAAACGAGCAGGAAGACUACCUUCGCGCUACGCUAGUCAACUAUUCCCAGCUGAUAAUGUCUGUUUGGCCUUCAAAAUGCCGUGUAGAGAUACCAAAAAAUCUAACUAA